CGCUAUCUCCAAUUGCAUGUGAUUCAUUGAAUACUGACAUCACCUCCAUCUGGACAAGACCUUCGACUACCUUAUCAACCUCUUUUGCUACUUCUCUCAUUGAUCCUUGUCCCUACAACAAAAACCUUAAGCUGGGAAAAGCUUGUAUCGCGACAAUCCUCAGACAAAGAUUGUCGCGAUGGCUAUUCCUUUUAUCGGAAGGCUUCGCCCUCACGAGUAUCUAGCUCUCGUGGGAUCAUUUAUUCUCGUCGGUCUCGAGGCAAUCAUUCGAGUCUUGACUUUGGCUUUGCCCCCAUUUCUUGUUACGCUUUUCUAUAGAGCUUCAAGACGACUCUUCAAUAGGUUUUCUGCGCCUGCGAGGCGACGAGCGGAGAGUAAACGAAAAACGAUAUCCACCAAGGUACGAGACGCGCCUGACUUCGUUGAGCUGUGUCGCAUUUGGGGCUACGAAGCAGAGGAACAUAUCGUUCAGACCAAAGAUGGAUAUCUUUUAGGUCUUCAUCGUCUGCAGUGGAGAAAGGGUGAAGAAGGACAGAAAGUUAACUACGGCCCGACGAGUCUGAAAAAGAAGGUCAUCUACAUGCACCAUGGCCUUCUCAUGAAUUCAGAGGUUUGGGUUGCUCUCACAGAUGAGCAAAGAUGUCUACCAUUCGAGCUGGUUGAGAGAGGUUACGAUGUCUGGUUUGGAAAUAAUCGGGGUAACAAGUACUCCAAAAAGUCAAUUAAUCAGUCGCCAACCUCCAACGCCUUCUGGGACUUUUCCAUCGACGAAUUUGCCUUCCACGACAUUCCAGAUAGCAUCAGCUAUAUCCUUGAUACAACCCAGCAGGAGAGUCUCUCGUACAUCGGCUUUUCGCAAGGUACAGCUCAGGCUUUCGCCAGCUUAGCCAUCCAUCCCAAGCUCAACAACCAGAUCAAUGUCUUCAUCGCUCUCGCGCCUGCUAUGGCGCCUGCCGGCUUAUCUAGUGGAAUUGUCGACGCGCUCGUAACUGCAUCGCCCUCUGUUUUGUUCCUUUUGUUUGGUCGUCGUUCGAUUCUCAGUUCCGCCACUAUGUGGGAAACCAUCUUGUACCCGCCCAUCUUCAGCAAGCUCAUCGACAUGGGGCUAUCAUUCUUGUUCAAUUGGCAAACCCUCAAUAUCUCCGCGAGUCAGAAAUUGGCUGCUUACCCACAUCUGUACUCUUUUACGAGCACCAAGAGUGUGGUUCACUGGUUCCAGAUCAUUCGAAACAAAUCUUUCCAGAUGUAUGACGAUGACGUUCAUCAGCCGAUCAGUGUCACUUCAAGCAGCAAAUACUCCAAGGUUGCCAAGUACCCGACUCGAAACAUCAAAACACCAAUCGUUCUGGUUUACGGUGGUAGCGAUUCCCUGGUGGAUAUCAAGGUUAUGCUCAAGGAACUACCCCCUCAAACUGUGGCAACUGAGAUUCCUCACUAUGAACAUCUUGACUUUCUCUGGGCUCGAGAUGUCGAUACGCAGGUAUUCCAGCACGUGUUUGAUGCGCUCGAUAGCUUCACUGAUGCCGAGCAUACAAAGGAGGAAUAUGAUCGUUACUAUGUCAGCCGGCAGGAGAGUCUUCUAGGUUCAGGUUAUGCGUUUGGGCAUGCUCACCAUGGCAGCGAGAGCGAGUCUUCGACACUUACACCAAGUCUUGAGGGAGCCAAUGGUGUCCAACUUGCACCCCAACCUCAGCCACACCGAGCACGAGAGCAGGCGUCUGGAAUUCCUUCUCCUAAGAACACGACAAGACACAGAGUGAAAUACUCCGGUGAAAUACCUGCAGGCGACCGACCAGCCACCCCUGAGCUUUUUAAGAGUGCUGCGGGAAGAGACUCACCUGAAAGUGGAUUGGAUUCCCCAGUAGCGGCCAGAGUAAAGGCUGGUGUCAAGCGCAGCGGGAGUGUCGGGAGCAAUAUUAGCCUGGAUAUGCGAGAGGGUCGUGGUAUCAGUGUCGGUGCGAGUAAGGCUGCUGGUGGCAUUGUGACGAAGAGCGGCGCCAGCGGAACCAACGUGGAGGAGAGUCCUAGAAGGGACAGCUCUGCAGAGAAGAAAAAGAAGAGGGACAGCGAUACAUCUCGAGCAGUACACGCACGUUACAAUAUAUUGGGUUUGCGAGAGCCCAGCUUUUCGCAAUAUAUAUAGUGCAGACUUGCGCAUAUCAAGUUGCCGGAAUCACGAUAGGAUGGAACAUAGGACAAGCUGGAGACCCUCUUCUGUGCUACAUUGAUCAUUUUCAGCCCUAAAGAGGCACAGCAGCAAGAGUCUGACUCCCAUUUGAUAGGUAGUCAAAAUAGGAUGAUGGUGCGAGGAAGUGUGAGUGGGUCAUUUGCAAGGCUCCUCUGAUCCUUCAACUAUAGUAUUGAGGCUGAACUGAAGCAAUCAAUAAUAGUUCUUGAUAGGACUGCCUUUCAAUAUCUCCACAAUCAAAACGGCAAUGCAUGUUGUUUUUCGGCCACCAAGGGCCGACGGGAUGAUAGAAUAUGUCAGUGACUAACCGCAAACUUCGCGAAACACGAAAUACGACGGAGAUGAACUCCGAUAUCAUACUUGGAUCCUGCACCUACCUUUCUAGCCUUUACCCGG